CCGCGAGGUCGCUCACACGACGACGCCGUCGCGACUCUUUUGCACCCGACGCGCACGUCGAACUUUGGCGUGAACGACCAGGAACACUGUGUUGCGCUCGAGAUCGGUUUUUGACAAGAUCCCCAUCCGUUAGACUGGCGAACUGCGAUUAUUCUUCGUGCGUCACAUCUUGGAAUUUUCUUAAUUGACAGCCUUACCCUAAGAACGAGCCCCACAUUUCGGCACUGCGUUUCGUCAUCGACAAAGUACCGACGGUAGGUUCGUCGGCGACCUUCGCGGAAGGGUUGUCUUCUUAGACGAUUCGACGAACGACGAUAUCCGACUCGACCGACUCACUAUUCGACGAAAGCUUGACGCUUUUCGCUGAAAGCACAACUUUUUACUGCUAGUUUGUUUCGUUUGCCACGUUACGUGCGGGAUUUCCCGACCGACUUCCGUAAACGCCGAUCGACGACAGCAUAACCGUGCCGUGGACCUCUGUAACAGGUUGGCGUCGGUUGUAAUGGUUUACGUCCAACAUACGUCCCGGGGCGAUAGACGACUUGGAGGUAACGUGGACGUUUCGGCCAUCGAAGAUCCCAACUAGCCGCCGGGAGACAGGCGAGCCGGCUUCACCUCGCAAGCCAGGAGUCGGCGCAAUGGAGGGUGUCGGCGCGGUUAUGUCAAGAAAGUACGCCUGGGCCAUAGGAGCUUUGUGUCUUACUGGAAUGAUGCUGAUUGGACAGUCAACGGUGGAGGGGGCUAAGGGAGUCACUAUCCUGGACUGCAUCAGACAGGAGAUCCCGGCAACGGUUUCUCCAAAGUUCCAAGAGUGCGUAGACAACGUAACCAUUGGAAGUUUCUAUAAAUUCAUGACCGGUUUGCAAUGCAUCCUGAGGCUCGCGAAUGCAAUUCGACCGGAUCGCUUUGUCGACACCGCGCUGCUGUUCUCGGCAGUCGGUGAUUUCAAGGGUACCCGGUUCGAGCUUGCAGUCGACAAGUGUGCCUCGCCUCCCAUGCUGGCGAUCAAGUUUACUACCUGCCUUUUCACUCGCUUUCAGGAGGUAUGCAAAACGAGAGUCAAGAAACCAGGAUAGUCAUUCCUGAAGAUCGCCGCAGAGUGCACAGCGUUCGUCGUAGCGCGCGCAUCUGCGAGGCGAGGUUGAGGAGGCAGUCGACGCGACCUGCGUGAACGGUAGAGGCCCACGCGGCAGCCCUACGAGCACGUGGCACAGCACUGAAGACGCCUACAUGCAUAGCGUGGAGGCACAGCACGCGAUUGUAUAGCGUCGCUGCACGACAGACGCGAACCCAUGCGCGUAAAGAAUCACCGCGGGCAAUAGUAGGACUGUAUAAUGUACCAACAAGGCACCGUUAAAAUUUCCUAUAAGCUUUCAGUAGCUUUCCCACAGGUCCCAGCAUGUUUUCGGGCAGCCAUCUUUUCGAAGCAUUGUCUGAAGUGUGGAACGGUUUUCAUGCGCAUGGUGCUUACUAUUUUACGGUUCUCUUGUAGCCGAAAAAAAAAGGAAAUCGUGUCGUCUUUGCACUGAUGGUCACGGCUUAUAGAAAGCGCAUGUAGAUAUUUAGUCCCUUUUAGGACGUCUCUGUGUCUUGUUAAGGUGCAGAAUAUAUGUCACUAGUUUGUGGCGCAGACUGUGACCGUAACGAAGUCGCUGUAAGGGACGGGGAUUGAGCUGAUGUUGACUGUCGGUGCAGGCGGAAGGGAAGCUUUACAGAUGCGCUGAGCACGCUGCCCUUUGUAGAUGGGCGGAAUGCUGUUCAUAUGAAAUUGCGAAGUAAAAGUUGCAGGAGCUCGGUGUCGUUGGUUAAGGCAAUGGUUGUAUCUCUCACAUUUCUUAUGUUUGCAAUCGCAGAGAUAUAUAUAGUUUAGUCCUGACUGUAUAAUUUGGCUACAAUCAACUUCAGGGAUCUUGGCGCAAUGACUGCAGAGCCGUGGUAGAAAUACUAGCACUCGGCUUCCAAAGAUUACGUACAACUGCAUUUUCGCGAUUAAAGAGAAUGCAGGACAGAAUUCGGAGACGAAAGACAAAAUGUAGCGAUCGCAUCAACGGCGGUUUUAUUGCGCAUGCUGCUUUUAUACGCUGCCUUAAUACAACAGAAUGAAAACCAAUAAACACAAACUGUGGCACAAUGACUCACUCUUGAAUUUCCUGCAACGGUCUGGGACGUGUGCUCAAGGAUACGUUUCCCGAUAUACUGACAUUGCCUAUAAAAAUUUGUGUAUUUGAAUAUAGAGUAUUUACGCAAUCUUCCCGGUGUUUUGUUUAAAGCCAGCAGGUUUCCGCCACGGAGUAAAAGGGGCCGCGGACCUCUCUCAUGCAGCCUCAUGCAUUGUCAUCGCCUUGCACUAUUAUCACAAUACAAUCCUAAAAGUGCAAAUUUUUCACAUUCCAGCGUGGUAACUCCUAAACAGUCGUUACAGCGUAGUGAUUUAGACGUUACUAUGUAUUUUUUUGUGUCUGAGAUAUAGCGGCUGGAGUAAGUCCCCUAGUAAAUAACAUUUAAAUACUUCGAAGUUAUUGUUCAAAGCAGUAACAAAUGCUGUUAGACGAGUUAGUUCAUUGCUAGAUUCGUGAAACAUGACAGCGGCGCAAAAUUUAAUAGGGAACAAAUAUAUUCUUCAGACAGGAAGACUGGCUGAGGGAGUUGGUAUUGCAUUCUGGAAGCGGGUAGCGUGAACACAGGACUUGAUACAAUUAAGCCCUGCGUUCGUCUUUCUUACACUCGUAUCAAGUCUUCAUUUCUCGCUGCUCGCUUCAAGAAAGAAAAUAUAGCAACAUUCCAGAGUGUUGGCCAUGACUCCAAUAACUAUAUAAUGACGCCUGUCACAUGGUGAUUGGCAACUGGCAUCAUCGGUGGCACAAUGCGCAUGCACUGCAAAAGUUUGUUGCCGGGGACGAGUGUUGCGAGAUGCCGCCGUUCCUGCCGCAUAAUUGGCCGAGUGGCAGUGAUCCUCUCAAUUGUGGCCUAGACACUGAUGCGCUUGCGGGCGUUUUUUUUUUCAGUUUCAGUAUCAGAAGCGUCUACUUAUAAGAGCUUUUCGUGAGGAACCUAAUCACACUUGAAGCGUAAAAUUUUGCGCAGAUGCGGCUUUGUAUGUCUACUUCAUCUGAGGCUAGGCUUUUUAUGCGGUCCAAAAUUUGAUUUCAGUUAGCCUUUAUUGUACAAUUUUAUGCGCAGGAAGCAGAAGAAACGUAUAUCAUAUAAUUUUCAUUCGGUUAACUAUUAUUUGAAUUAAAUAAAAGUAGCUAUAUGCACUUUGCGGAUUUCUGGUUCUGCUGUGCGCAUUCAGUUAACGCAAGUAAUUUCUUACGAAGGAACGAGUUCGUAGGAACUAACGCCUGUCUGCAACUGUAAAGCUGUAGCUGUCACAAAGGCGAGGCGUCCUUGAAAUCUUGAUAGCGUCUGCUGGAAGUACUUCUAGGAAACAUCGACGCACAGAAGAUGUUCCCAUUUCGACGUUAUAUUUCGUGAACUUGACAGCAAAUUAAGUAAACACGGAAUUUAUUAUAUAGGGAUAGGGAAUUGUUCUUCAUUCGUGAUUGGGAUAUAAUCUAGGACUAUAUUAUAUACUGCGUGAAGAACCGAGACCAACGCCAUGGCUGCUUCGAUCGCCCUCCGUGUUGAUGAUGAUAUGUGCUAGGGACUCUCAGCCGUCGUCAUCUUCUAUAUUCGGCACACUGGAUACACGGUAUCCCCGUGACAUAAGGGCUGCGCUCUGGAAGCCCCGAUAACGAGGAAGCAAAUCCUACGAACAGAAUCAAGAACACCUUCAUUUAAUUCAAAUCAAAUAGCUAUUUCGAAAGAAUAUAGGCGCUGUACAAUACUUUCGUCUCUUUAAUUGCUCCCCUCGAGGCUCGCGCACUAUUUUCAUCUUCUGUAACAAUGACAACUUUCUUUAAUUACAAGACUAUACGUGUGUGUUUGAUUAUGUUUGUUGUUUCCUUGCUUGCUGCUGAUGCACUCAAAUGUGAACGUACCCAUUUAAGUCUAAUUUAUGAUGUUCGUGUGUAGUUGAUCACUGUACACGUUUCUUACAUUUUUUUUCUCAGCAUGUUUUCAUUGAGCGAUAGAGGCAACAAUGCUUGGCUAAUGCAUAAUAGCAUGUCAGUAUUGUUAAUGUUAU